AGCAAUGGCGGACAUCUGGUGACAUCUUUCCUCGACUUUUUCUUUCUGUAUUUUUCCUCAUCAUGGACAAUCUGAUUUCUUCCUCACGCCUUUGAAAAUAUCUUGAAAUGUUCAAAGGUGGUCAAAAACGCCUUUUACCUCCGAUUAAAAAUCCUUUGUUUAAUCCAAACGAAGAUAAUGGCAACGAAGUUCGGAUAGCUGCAGUGAAAAGUGGUCCAGAGAAGACUAAAGGAGGAAGACUUAGCAAUUUGUUUGGGUCAAGGCAUAGAAACUCAUCGCGAGGUAGUUAUGGCGUCGAGAACGAAGACGAAAAAGCCAGUUUGAGUGGAAGUGAUCGUCCGUCUUCAAGUGAUCUAACUACUGCCUCGUCUUUGAACACUGCUAAUGCGAACAAAAAAGAUUUACCUAAGCUAGGUAAAGCAGAUCAACAAGCAAGUUCUACCUCGGCAAGAUCUUUAUUAAGUUCUCGAACUAAGUUUUCUCGAAAUCUAACGCCAUCAUGCAACUCCAGUAAUGUCAAUAACAGUGAAGAUGAAACGAACGGUAAUAUGGAUGCUCCWGUUAGUACUUCGUCAGAUGGGAGGCAUUCCGGACUGCUCAAGAGGGGGAAAGAAAGGCCUCCUUCUUUGCUAAAUAAAGAUGAUGUAGAAUCAAGUCGAUCGUUUCAGGUUCCCGACAAACUUCGGGCGCCAAGUUCAGUACCUUCUGAAUGUGAUAUAACGCGCAAGGUUCGAAACUCAAUUACACCAACACCAGAUGAAACAACGAAGCCACCGAAAUACCAAGAUGCCCUCUCGCUAAGAAAUGAUUGGAGAGCUGCCAAGGCUUCUGGUGACUACAAAUCAAUUCAAGGAUUCUUAACUUGUACAUUUGAUUCCUUCAAUGAUAUUAAUGCUGUGUUCAAGAAAAAAGAUGACUGUCUAAGCAAGGAAGAUCAUGAUGGAAGUUUCAUUGACUAUGACUUUGUUAGGAUAACCUAUGACAUUGUCCUUACUCUACCUCAAGAAGUCCAAAAAGCCGUCCUUAAAUCAAUUAUCAAUGGAYUAUUAUUAGACAUGAAAAGGUUGGUAUAAUAACUUUUACACUAUGUGGUAUCUGUUUAGAACCCUCAGUUCAACAAGGCCACAACUUAUGUAAUAUUUGCUCAUCUGCUUCGGCAAGUAUCUGCACUCUCAGACAGUGAACAUCAAUGUUUGGUACGCUGGUUUAGAAAGAUUCCAAUCAAUAUAUUUAAAGGGAUUAUUACUAGGAUCCAACAGUUUCUAAGUUUAAGAAUGUUUCCAUCCAAAUCAACUGAGCUUCCACCAGAGGAGAAGUGUACAUGGUGGGUGCCUUCUGGUGUCAAAGUCCUGGCCCUGCUAAAUGCAGCAAACUGGCUACAGUUACCAGCCUUAAUUAGUCAUACAUACUUCUAUAACCAUUCCUUGGAUCAUAUUGAUCUGAUGGGAGAAUACUACUCCUGGCAAAACCCAAGCAAUAACACAUCGAAAUUUUCUUUUUGUCAAUACCCAUUUAUUCUCAGUCUUGGUGCUAAACGAUAUGUCAUGCAGAAAGACUCUGAAUCACAGAUGAUUGUCAUGGCAAGAAAAAGUCUGAUGGAGAAAGUACAGCGUCGUGAGAUGCCUGACAUGGGAAUGUUGUUUCUCAAUAUUAAAGUCAGAAGGUCUAAUCUGAUAUCAGACUCUCUAAAUGAGAUCGCUCGCAAACAGAAAGACCUCAAAAAGAAAUUAAAGGUGACAUUUGCAGGGGAGCCUGGCCUUGACAUGGGAGGGCUGACUAAAGAGUGGUUUCUCUUGCUCAUUAGAAAAAUAUUCAAACCCGAAUAUGGAAUGUUUUCCUACAAUGAUAAGUCAAGGCUGUAUUGGUUCAAUCAAGAAUGUAAAGACCAAGAUGAAGAAUUCAACCUUGUUGGAGUUCUAAUGGGUCUCGCUGUAUACAACAGUAUUAAUCUGGACAUUAGAUUCCCUUCUUGUGUCUACAAAAAACUACUUAGUCCUGCUGUUGUUCCAUUUCAUAAUCCUAAUGCCACAGUAGGUGUUGCCAACCUUGGUCUUGAUGACCUGGCUGAGGCUAUGCCGGAUCUUGCUCGUGGCCUAAAAGAACUUUUAAAGUAUGAGGGAGACGUGGAAAAUGAUUUGUGCCARACAUUCCAGGUUUCUCACUCUUCCUUUGGACAAGUUAUUACACAUAAUCUGAAACCAAAGGGUAGCGCGAUACCUGUCACUAAUGACAAUAGGCAAGAUUAUGUCAAUCUUUACGUUGAUUAUCUACUCAACAAGUCCAUGUACCAGCAAUUUGCUGCUUUCUAUCAUGGAUUCCAUUCAGUGUGCGCGUCCAAUGCCCUUAUCAUGUUGCGAUCAGAGGAGGUUGAGAUGCUUGUUUGUGGGAACCCUGAACUGGACAUGGAAGCAUUGAAGAAGGUGACUGUCUAUGAUGGCUAUAACAAGAACGAUGCUCCUGUGCGGUAUGUAUUCCGUGUUAAAGAUCCUGAAAGAUACAGAGAGGGUCUUACUUUMAACCGAGUUUUCAGCCCUGAACAGUCCGUCGAAGCUCCCUUACCACUUUUUCAAGGGGUUAUGAAGCUUCCUAUGGCUCACACGUGUUUCAACCAACUAAUCCUUCCUCCAUACAAAAACCGAAAACAGCUCAAGCAAAAACUGACUAUCGCAAUAUCAAAUGCCGAAGGUUUUGGAAUUGAAUAAAAGCAACUAUUAUAAUUUUAUUUGAAUUGCAUAACGUUAACUUAUUUAACGGCUACUUAUUCCUUUGUUUUCAUUGGAUCCAAAGAAGGAUGAAAUAGACAUGAAUGCAUGAUUUGUAUCGAUAUCAGUGGAAGCAACUUAUGGAAUGCAAACCAAGAAACGUUUUGAUAAUUGCGUAAUUUCUAACUAAUGCCUCUUAAAUUUUGAUUAUUUGUACAUAUUAAAUUUCGAGUAUUUUCACUUCGUCUGCUUUGGAUUGUGGUCAUGUUUUAAGUAGAGGCAGUCAUUAUUCUUCUUGUAAUURUAGAAUGAAUUCCAAAUUUCUCGUAAAUUGUACAAAAUUCUUAUAUUUGUAGUUUUGAUAGCAACUUGAAUAAAUCUGUGUACCAGUUGUCCUAUUUCACUAUGCGUCACAGUACGUCUCAUGUACGGCACAAUCAAUGGCUUUUAACCGUUUUUUUCAUCUCCAAGUUGAAAGUCAAAUUUAGUUUUUCAAUGAAAUAUUAGCCUGGCAAAAUUUAUUCAGUUAUCAUUCGUCUCACCUUUAGGAACCAAGGAUGAUCUGUCACACGUUCGGUUCUCGCAAAUAAAAUAUUCAUUCCUGUGGGAACCAGGAAUGAGCGACAGACAAUUAUUUCUGGGUUCCUUGGAUGCAUUCUUCUCUUCUCCUAGUAUUUACUGAGCACCACGAUAACCCUUUGGCGACCAUAAUCCUAGGCGUUUGACUUUGGAAUGUCUUAAUAAUGUAAUUUCAUGGUGAAGGCAAUUGUUUAACGAAGAAAUUGAAAACACGCAUAGGUGUAUUAUUUCUUGUUAAUUGCUAGAGUUAAAUAUUGGGCAAUAAACGUCUGUUCAGUUUUUCG